GGAUUGUCAUCGACAGCCGUAUCUUCCACGCCGCGCGGACCGGCGAUUUCGAUCACACGACCGGUGUUAGCGUCUUCACCCCGGUGGAAGAUACUCCGCGUGCCUGAGCGGCAGCCGCUUCGAUGCGGCAGCGCUGGGCAGCCCGGAUGGACCAGAGCCAGGGGGAGACGACGAUGGCGGCCCAGCAACAGGUCGUGCGCGUCAAAGUGCCGCAGGGCGCCACGGUGGGCAGCACCGUGCAGGCGACGCUGCCGAACGGCCAACAGGUGAAGGUCCAGCUGCCGCCCGGCGUCGUGCCGGGCCAGGUCAUCAGCAUCGCGGUCCAGGCCGCGGCGUCGCCGCGGACGACACAAAAUUUGCCGCCGCAGGCCGCCAGCAAUGUACAAGCGAUGAAGGCCGUGCGGCUCACCGUGCCCGCGACUAUACCGGCUUCUAGAACAAUACGAUUCACGCUCGACGGUACCGUACACGAAGUUCCACUACCACCCGGUGCGCGGCCCGGGCAGACGCUGGACCUGCAGGUGCCGGCGGCGGCGCCGCAGCCCGUCAAAAAGAAGAGCUCGUCUUGGUUCGGGUCCAAGACAAAAAAGAAGAGCGGGAAGAAGCCCGAGGCGGCGCCGCCGCCGCCGGGCACGCGGCGCGUCCGCGUCGUCGUGCCCCCGAACCUCGGCGCCGCGACGAGCUUCGGCAUCAGCGUCGACGGCGUCUCGAUGGUGGUGAACGUCCCGAAGGGCGUCAAGGCGGGCGAAUCCGUCAACGUCGACGUGCCGCUGCCGACGGGCACCGCGCGCGAGGUGGCGCCGGCGCCGAGCCCCGCCGCGCCCGCACCGGCGCCGGCGCCCGGGGGCGGCUGGUUCGGCUCGUCGGAGCCGGCGCCGGCGCCGGCGCCCAAGCGGGGUUGGUUCGCCUCGCUCACGGGGCGCGACCGGCCGGCGGGCGAGGACGCGCCGCCGCCGUCGGCGCUCAAGAGACACGCCGAGACGUCGAGCGUCGUGCAGAACGGCAUGACGGUCGCGAGCGCUUUGCUCUCCGCCGGCAGCAGCCUCCCGCUCGUCGGGCGGCUCUGCGAAGCGGCUCAGUCCUGCCUUGGCUCGGCCGAGGAAUUCUCGGAGAAGGCCGACGACGUCCUGGUCGCGGCGAAGCGCGUCGUCGACGUGCUCAACGUCGUCCAGAUGAUGGUCCGGAACGUGGACAAUCUCGCGGAGGGCCGCGAGUUGGUGGAGCAGGCGAUGCGGGAGCUCGUGGACCUGCUCGUCGAGUUCAACGCCGCCGUUCGCAAGUUCGGCAAAAAAGGUUGGCUCAAGCGCGCGUUCAAGAUGCAGAGCCACGUCAAGACGCUCGGGCGGUUGGACAAGCGCGUCGUCGCGCAGCUGCAGAUCUUCCGGGACGUCUACCGGCUGUCGGUGCCUGUGCCAUAAAUCAAAUUGUCGCGGCGUCUCCAGCUCGAUCGGCCGCAUCACUGUUUGAUUUGCGCACAGGUCGGUCGACCAUCUCAUGAUGGAGCGGACGUACCGGAUCGAAGCGUCGGUGGGGCAGCUCGUGGCGGAGCGCGUGCGCGCGACCGGCGACCCCGAGGGCAAGGUCGUGGCGGUGCUCUCCGACGACCCCGCGGCGGUCGCGCGCGUCGCCGCGGAUGGCCGCGUGGCCGCGUCGGAACUGUCCAGCGAGCUCCAGGAGUUCAGGUUGGAGGUCAAGGAGGGCCUCGGGAACCUGGACAAGAAGAUGCAAGAGAUGCUGGCCGGGCGGGACGGCGACAAGGAGGAACUCGCCGCCAUCGCGACGGCCGUCAACGCGGCCGCGGCGCGUGACGAAGAACUGCUGCGGGCCGUGGAGGCGAGCGCGGCGCGCGACGACGCGAUCCUGGCGGCCGUCGAGGCCGGCGCAACGCGCGACGCGGACCUGAAACAGCAGGUCCAGGGGCUCAGCGACUCGCUGCGGCGGAAGACGAAGAAGGAGGCCGUGCGCCAGCUCAAAGACGCUCAACUAGAGCGCUACGAGCGUCAGCUCGACUACGUCGAGGACGAGCCGUUCGCGACUGUGUGGACAUCAAAUUUCGGGCGCCCCACGCCGUCGACGCGACGUGCUUUCUGCGCAAUGAUAACCUAACUCACUGGCUGAUUUCCACACAGGUUCGCCAAGGGCGGCGAGGGCGAGGUCUUCAUGGCCGAGUAUCAGGGCGAAAGCGUCGUGCUCAAGAAGAUGUCGCUCGUGGGCAUGACGGCGACCAAGCGCCAGAGAAUGCUCAAUCACUUCAAGAGCGAGCUCGCGAUCAUGACGCAGCUGCGGUCGCCGCGCGUCGCCCGCUUCUACGGCGUGGUCACGACGGAUACGACGUUCCUCGGCCUCGUGAUGGAGUACUGCGCCGGGGGGUCCCUCCGCGCGUGUCUCGACGGCGAAUCGGGCAAGGUCACCGCCGACCUGCAGCGCGUCUGGGGCCUCGACGUGGCCCUGGGGAUGGCGCACUUGUACUCGCAGGGCGUCGAGCACCGCGACCUCAAGGCGCUGAACGUAUUGCUGACGAGCAACCUCCGCGGCAAGGUGACGGAUUUUGGUUUGUCCAAAUGCGACGACCUGCGCACGACGCAAACCACACAGGGCGGGGGCGGCGCCGCGGGCACGAGCGCGUUCAUGGCGCCGGAGUUGUUGGAAGACAACACGUUUACGGAGAAGAGCGACGUGUACUCGUACGCCAUCGUGCUGUGGGAAAUCUGGAGCCGCCAAGUCCCGUGGAGCGACCUGCGGCCGAUGCAGAUCAUGAGAAAGGUCGUCGACAAGCGCGAACGGCCGCCCGUGCCGGCCGGGAUGCCGGCCGAGCUCCGGGAGCUCAUGGUCCGCUCGUGGACGCACCAGCCGGCGGACCGGCCGGACUUCGCGGAAAUCGAAGCACAACUCAAGGCUUCGACGCCGCGCCGGGCGCCCGGCGGGCCGGCGAGGUGGGGCUCUGGCGCCGUCGACGCGGAGCGCGACUCGGCGCAGGGUGUGACGGGCCGCGUGUUCGGGGGGUGGCUUGGCUAAGAGGGAUUAAUUCAA